AUGAAAGUCGCAAAAGUAGCUGAGCCUGAUCAUGUUGUGAUCACGGUUACAGCUGAUAUCCAUGAAAACUAUCAAAACAAUCUGGAAUAUUUACCGAUACCUAAGAACUCUGAUGAAAUCGUUAAUUCAAACAAAGAAAAUAUGGAUUUCAACCGGAUACAGAUUGAGGACCAAGAACCCCUUUCCUUAAAUGAUAUUAGCCUGGACUUGGAUAUAAAUUUGAAUAAUGGUGCUGAGGAAAAUGUCAUGGAUGAACCUGUUCCUAAAAAACAAAAAAUUAACAUUUUAGAUAUUAAGAAUAUAUCAACCGAAAAUGUAUUCACCGCGAGCAAAACCGAAAAAUAUGGCCAGGAAGAUACCUUCAUAACCAACAAAACUGGUUUAUACUUAAUAAGCUACGGUACUACAGAUCGUAUUUUACUAACGGGAGCUAAAAAUUUUCGUUGUAUUGAAGUAAACAAUGAAGGUGUUGCUCAUUUCUGUGGACAACAUGCAAUUUAUGUAGCUAAUAAAACAAACCGUAGUUUAGAAAAGAUUGCCGACAUCAGAAACAUCUUUGGUCUCACUUUUGACGAUGAUGAUAAUAUAAUUUAUUCUAACCCUUAUGAAAUUGUUAAGCUGGUGCCAGGAGACUGUAAAUAA